AUGGGUGCAUCUGCAUCAGCAUUCCCUGUAGUUGCAAGCAUAGAUCUCAACCAUGCAAAUCUCCAAGGAACCCUUAUCAAAGAGUUAUCUUUACUCACUGACAUGUCCCUUUUCCACCUUAACAGUAACAGUUACUUCUCCGGGACAAUCCCUCAAGAACUCUUCUACAAGAAUCUUGAUGCAUUGUUUCUCAACAACAAUCAAUUUGAAGGUGAAAUUCCUCAGAAUCUUGAAAAUUCUCCUGCAUCAGUGAUAAAUUUAGCCAACAACAAGUUGAGUGGAAACAUCCCAGCAAGUUUUGGAUUCAUGGGUUAUAGAAAGACAACACCUGAUGCUUGA